AUUGGUAAGGUCUCUACUGAAUGUCCCAUGUUUCGAAAACCGUUCAGCAUGGUUGUGCCAGGAUAAGGUUUAUCCGUUAAAGAGAACCGUUUUUGCUACGUCAACAAGGUGAGAAAUUAGGGUGAAGGUAACAUGGCAACAAGUAAUAUUAUUGGUGACAAUCAUCACACCUCGGAAUCCCGACAAGAUCGACCUACAGAUGAAAACGCGACAACGGAAUACUGUCGAAAGUUGCAGGAAUGGAUGUGGCAGUACUACUGCGGAUAUGUCAACUGGCAGAUUUGGACGGCGAUUUCUGCUCCACCGUUCCCUCCUUGCUAUUUUCCACAUACAGUAAAUUCAACCCCGACAGCGACUCCUUGGCCAUCCGGGCAUUCCCAUUCAGAUGCCAGAAAUUGGCAUAAUCAGUUUAUUUUUGCGUCUCCCCAUUCUUUCUCCCCCGCAUUCGCAGCUGAUGCUCGGACGGAGCAGGUGACAGCUGGUGCUUCAGUGACGAACACGGCCAGGCCCUUGCAAGUAGCGCAAAAUGGGAAUGUACACCAACGAGGUCAGGAAUAUGCCAUCCCCUCUCCUCUGCGCCGGUUCUUAGCAGAAACUGUGGAUUUCAUCAUCCUCUUCUGUGUGAAGGCAACCAUUGUCCUGGCCAUCAUGCAGCUAAGUGGUGCGAAGGAUAUUUCGAAGUUUGCUAUGCAUUAUAUUGUGGGGGAGGUUGUUGAAGACACCUCGCUGGAAGACCUGCAGAAGAUAAUGAUGGUAGCUCUCAUAUACAGGGUGCUGGUGUGCUUCUACGAGAUCGCCUGUAUCUCUGGAGUUGACGGAGCCACUCCUGGGAAAUUCCUCCUCGGCCUGCAGGUUGUCUCGUGUGACACGUCUGUCCCCGUGCAGUCCAACAGGGUUCGGGUGGUACCUGCAUCUAACGUGUCUCUCUCUGCGUCCACGGUGAGAGCCCUGAUCAAGAACUUCUCCAUCCCCUUCCUCUUCCCGGCCUUCAUCACGCUGCUCUUCUUCCAGCACAACCGGACUGUGUACGACGUCGUGGCCGGCACUAUCGUGGUGAAGCGCGUCACCGUGAGGUGACCGGCCGGAACGCCGCAGGGCCUUAGCCUUGGGAAUCUGGGGAGUUCCUGGAAUGCCUGGGAAUUCCCAGACGAGUCAUUGCCCAUCGCAGUGUCCUCCUCAUCCGUAGCUGCACGGUCAUGUUAUAUUGUUUUAUCUAUGGUCUGUUACGUUGAACAGUAAUUUCGGAUGACCAGUUGUAGGCAUGUAUGAGGGUUACGCCUAGGUGUUUCCUUGCUUAGAGCCCUUUGAGCUGAAAAUGACAACUUACAGUGAAGAUAAAUGAGUAGGCCUAUCAUGUUUUCAAACAAUGCUGGAGAAAUUCUUAGUUUUUUUUAGGUCAAUUAAGAGUUACAGGGUCUCCUUUUUGAAAACAGUGAGGCCACUUGGGCACCAUGCUUUUAAGUUCUGAUCUAUUAGUUUCUUUUAAAGGGAAAUAUAAGUGCUAAAGAACUCUCCGUUUGUGUAAACUUCACAGAAAAGGCUGCUGGGAAUUCAGCGAAGGACUCGUUUCUGAUGUAUUUUCACCUGAGGUUUGCAUUAACAGUGGAGUAAUUUCACUAAGAAAGAUGAUUUUCUCUUUCUGAAAAAGAGGUGUAUUUUUCUAGAUGUUUUUUCAGAAGCUUGCCUGUUGGAGCAGUGGAAUGCCAGUCAUAUCUGCAGUGUCCCUGGCUCAUGACAUCAUUACUGAAGCUACUUAUAGCAGCUGUGAACCUGAACUCGUUGAGUUGUACAGUACUGUAUGAUCUCUCAUGUGACUUACGCCCUGAUCUCACAACAUUUCAGUGACAUUUCAGCAGUAUUUACACAUUGUUGCAAUAUUUAUGAAUAAACUGAAUUUUCAGCCA